CAACAUACAAGUUGGUUUUGAAGGAAAAUGCCUCAUCUCUGAAAUAUCUGACAUAACAAUGGAUUUUAUUAAAUGUGUUCCACCAAAAAACGUUCCUCGAACAAAUAAGUCAGAUGUAAAUACAGUUCAUGUUAUAGUGGUAGUUGGUAAGAUCACAGCGUACAUCGGAGACUUACAGUAUAAAGAAGACGACAAUCAGUUUUCUCUUAUUAUUGGACUUUUAACUGGCGGGUUGGUGACAUCUAUUAUUAUUGGUUUUACAGCUGUAUUUAUUUCACGGAGGAGUAAGAAAAGAUUUAUGGUAAAAUGCAAAAUGGAAAUGAGCAAAGACUUGUCUGAGAGGAGAGAAAACUCAGGGAAUAAUGAUGAACUUAGACGCAUUGAGGGAAAUGAGAUGGCAUAUAGUGAAAUAAAUCCAGCUAGGCAAUUUGAUAGUCAUACAAAUAGUAUAAGUCAUCAAGACGUGCAUAAUGGAUACGAAAAACUCGGCCCUUGUUCUCCUACAAACCCUUAUAAUUGGCUUCAACAAUCGGCUACUGACAACCAAAUAGCAGACAAAGAAAUCGGGAAUAAUGAUGAACUUAGACGCAUUGAGGGAAUUGAGAUGGCAUAUAGUGAAAUAAAUCCAGCUGCGGAAUUAAAUAGUAAUACAAAUAGUAAAAGUCAUCAAGACGUGCAUAAUGAAUACGAAAAACUCGGUCCUUGUUCUCCUACAAACCCUUAUAAUUGGCUACAACAAUCGGCUACUGACAACCAAAUAGCAGACAAGGAAAUCGGGAAUAAUGAUGAACUUAGACGCAUUGAGGGAAAUGAGAUGGCAUAUAGUGAAAUAAAUCCAGCUGCGGAAUUAAAUAGUAAUAUAAAUAGUAAAGGUCAUCAAGACGUGCAUAAUGAAUACGAAAAACUCGGUCCUUGUUCUCCUACAAACCCUUAUAAUUGGCUACAACAAUCGGCUACUGACAACCAAAUAGCAGACAAAGAAAUCGGGAAUAAUGAUGAACUUAAACGCAUUGAGGGAAAUGAGAUGGCAUAUAGUGAAAUAAAUCCAGCUGCGGAAUUAAAUAGUAAUACUAAUAGUAUAGGUCAUCAAGACGUGCAUAAUGAAUACGAAAAACUCGGUCCUUGUUCUCCUACAAACCCUUAUAAUUGGCUACAACAAUCGGCUACUGACAACCAAAUAGCAGACAAAGAAAUCGGGAAUAAUGAUGAACUUAAACGCAUUGAGGGAAAUGAGAUGGCAUAUAGUGAAAUAAAUCCAGCUGCGGAAUUAAAUAGUAAUACUCAUAGUAUAGGUCAUCAAGACGUGCAUAAUGAAUACGAAAAACUCGGUCCUUGUUCUCCUACAAACCCUUAUAAUUGGCUACAACAAUCGGCUACUGACAACCAAAUGCGAAACAUGAUAAAUGUUGAUAAUUGUACUGUAUCGGCCUGUGAUUACAUGAACCUUAAAUUGUAGGAUAAAUCAAACACAGUUUCUUUUAAACUAUUGUCAGCACUGUGACCUUUGUCAACAUUCGUAACCAUUUUAUUUUAUGAAGAGGUCGGAAGGGUGGGUAAUGGAAGCGGGAUAUUUGUGUUAUUGUGUGUACUGUUUUCUAACGAGACAUAUGUAUGGUUUUAUUUGUAGUUUUUCUCGUGACUUGAAACACAUAUGCAAAUAUCUGUGGUAACAAGCUUAAGUGCCACAAUAUCAUUUCUAUUAUCAUAACCAUUGCAUACACAUAGGUUCAGAUUGCGAAAUAUGUAUAGGAAUAUUCAACUUUUUACUUACAUUUGUAAACUAUACAGUGGUUUCAAAAAAUUUAGCCAGCAGUACCCAAAUGUUCCUUUAUACACUUUAUGAACUUGUAUAAUCUUUCUCUGGCCUUUUGGUUAAUUUGCUCAUCAGUAUUUAUAAAUUUUUAUGUACUAAUAAGAGCCAAAUAGUUACUGUAUAUUUUGUCAUUAACAAAAAUGGACAUUCUUACAUAUACAUGAUAUAAAUUAAUGCUAUUUGUCUCCUAUGCUACCAAGAUUACAACGAUGACAUGUUCAAUUUUAUCAAUAUUUUUUCACUUCCUUGUUUCUAAUGAGAGCCUGUGGCUUGUGGUUCUAUAUUAACAUUAUAUAAUUAUUUCUUGCGAAUCAAGUAUUUCAAAAUAUUUUUUAUCAAAAUUUAAUUCUAUUAGUAACCUAAAAAUUCUGAAAUGUCAUGACUAAGUACUUUUGUAGACUUUUGUAAUUGUGUUUUCCAUUAUUGUUUAUAUUGGUCUUGUAUUCCUAGCUAUAGUGCACUUUUAACCAUAUAUCGUAACAAAAACCUUAAGUAAUCUAUAUUUUUGAAAAGUUUCAUUCAUCCAAUAUAUUCCUAACCUUACUUACAAACAAUGUACAUACAUUAUUAACAGUAAAUAUAGUUUUUAAUAGUGUAUGUGCGAUAGAAGAUAACUUGGUUGUUUUUAGCAGAUCCCAAUUUACACCAAUAAGAUUAUUUUAAUAUCAAUGUCCAAAGAAUAUUUACCAAAUUCGCUAUAUACCAUAUAGCUAUAUAUUUUUUUAGUUUCAAAAGGAGUUUACAGAAUUGCAGAUGGAUUCUUUCUGCAAUUUCAACAUAACCAUGCCCCCAAAUUCCAAAUCAAUACAGUAGUAUGGGUUUCACAACUAUAUUGAAAAGAUCUAAGUGACAUUGACUGGAAAGGUGGUGUACGCUGCCCGAUUUCAACACAUUAAACACUGCUUGUGUGGCCUUUUCUGUUAAGUGCGUGAGGGCUAUUGAAGAAUUACCAGUUCUAUUUAAUACUAUACCAAAAUAGUUAAUUCUUUAACAAUUUCAAUAUCAGUGCCAUCUAUUUUAAAAUGUAAAGCAGUGGGGGCAAUAAGGUCCUUAUGUGGCUUAAAUAUUAUUGCAAAUUUAAAAGUUAUCAUAAGUUUGUCCUAACUAGACGUAGGUUCAAGGUAUUCAGGAAAUAAAUACCAAUUUCACAUUUAACGAAUAACUAUGGAAACAAACCAUGACGAAAUUUCUAUAAUUUGUAAAAUUUCUUAAUUUCCCUUGUUUUUCAUCAAAUUUUUAGUAUAAUUUAGUGUG